CUUUCUUCACCGACUCAUCAAGGAUCCGUUGGAAGUUCAGAUGAUGAUUUUUCGCAAAAAGAACUUCGAACGCCCAGCAGCAGCUCACGACAUCAUCCUUAUGCGAACCCAGAGUGUGUCCAAGUUUUGUCGACUGAACCAUACCGUAUCCCAGUCGUCGGUUGACGAUUACAUUGGCUCAGGGCCCAUAGUGACAGCUGCUAUUGGUGGCAUCACGGAAGAAUAUUGGGGUGGGGUGGCUGGAAUGUCACCGCCGUUCAUAUACGAUCCUCGUGAUGACAGUCAAAUUCGUCGUUACCGUACCGCGUUCUCCCGUGAACAAAUCGGACGACUUGAACGUGAAUUCGCAAAAGAAAACUACGUAUCACGGAAAACUCGAGGAGAACUUGCCGCCGAGCUGAACCUUCCUGAAGGACCAUCAAG